AACAAAAGAAAACGUAUAGCAGUUCUUAAAACCCGUCAUUAGUUAGUACUUAAUUAAUUACAUACAUGCUAUAAGCGAUAGGCAUGGCCGUGGUGGGGCAACGGUGUUUUUUACGCGCGGGUUCGGCAGCGAUAAACUUUCACCCCGCAGCCUUCGCGCUCCGCUCGCCCGCGAUCAAUGCCACUCGGGUUGCCUGUCUCGCGAGCGCUACCAAGCCUUCAACAAGGAAAAUGGCAGACAAAUUAAGUCCCUCAGAUGCCCUGCUCCAGCCGCUGCUGCAGAAUGGCUGGAAGGUGCAGGCCAAGCGGGAGGCCAUAGAGAAGGAGUUCAUGUUCAAGGACUUCAAUGAGGCCUUCUCGUUCAUGGCCCGCGUGGCGCUGCUCGCUGAGAAGAUGGACCACCACCCCGAGUGGUUCAAUGUGUACAAUAAAGUGCAGGUAACUUUAGCAUCUCAUGAUGUGAACGGGCUAAGUCAACGGGAUGUGAAAAUGGCUUCAUUCAUGGACAAAAUUUACAAGUAAAAGAAAGAAUGUACUUACAGUAAACAGGUGACAAUAUUUUGAUCUAUAUUUUUGUUAUUUUGCUUUAAGUGUGUUUAAUAUUAUAAAAGUAAGUGUGUGUAUGUGUAUUAUCAGAAUAUGUGAUUGCAGAACAAUAUAAUAUUAUGUUAAUUA